AUGAUUCUGACGUCACGCUCCAGGAAAUUGCAGUAUGUACACAAUGGACCUUCGAGGAAGAAGAGGAAGAUGACAGAGUAGGUGAAUGACGCGCUGACUGAGCCACCAGACCACAGCGGGAACUGCGACUGACUGACGGACAGCGAGGCAGACAAAGAAGAGGAAGAAUGCCGAGGAGAAAACAGUCGAACCCACAGCCCGUGAAACUAGACGGUGUGGAGAGUGAUCCAGGAUGCCUGGUUCUGGACAGUGACUUCCUGCUUAGUGGAGAGCUCUGUGAGUUUGGAGACACAGAGAUCAUGGGACUGGACAGAGACACAGGUAUGACAGUGUUCUCUCUGAGUGAUGACAGCUCCAGCCUUCCAGCUCCGGAUGACUCCACCUUCCCAGCCUUCCUCUCCUGUAAGGGGUGUGGUCAACUGAUUGGGGCCGACCUUGACCUAGGAGCGGGACUACACUUGGGGGCGGGACUCUACUGCACGACCUGUGAGGAGGGGGUCCAAUCAGAAUCGCACACAGCCUUGGCGGACACCUCACAAGGGGAGGAGUCAACCCCAGCCGUCCAAUCCCACGGGAGGAAAGACAGGAAGAGGAGUAAGGCGGGUGAUGAAGAAGCCUGUAUGAAGCUGAACGCGUGCUCUCUGUGUAGUUUCUCCUCGCGCUACUCCAACCAUCUAAAACGCCACAUGAGGACCCAUGAUGGAGAGAAGCCCUACCACUGUCCCCACUGCCCCUACGCCUCUACACAGAGGGUCAACAUGCAGAGACACACACGCACACACACCGGGGAGAAGCCCUACCUCUGCAACGCUUGCAGCUACGCCUGUAGUUCCCUGGGGAACCUGCGGAGGCACCAACGCUCACACAGCCAGGAGCCCCGGCCGCAACGCACCCACACGCUGACGAGACGCAGCAGACGGAAACACACACACCGGGAUAACGGUGAAGAUGCCGUGGUGUCAGACCUGACAGUGUGUGUGAGGGAGGACUCUGAUUUCCUCCAGACCCCACUCCUCCCCCGUCUCCCCCCCUCCGCCCCCCUCCCUGACCUCCUCUUCCCCCUCUGCUGUCGAUCCUGCGGCCUCACCCUGGAGGGAGAAGGGGGAGAGACAGAGGGGGAGGGCGGAGGGCUGGUGUGUAAUCAAUGUUCUGAGUCACUCAUCUCCAAGAAACCAGGCUCCCCCAGCCCCAGCCCCACUGACACACCCAGUAACACACUCCAGCCAGGAGCCAGUAAACUGUACCGCUGCCCUCUCUGCCCCUUCCUCUCCCUCUACCCCAACCACCUGGCUCGACACGCCCACACCCACAGCGGGGAGAAACCCCACCGCUGCCCGCAGUGCUCCUACGCCUCGGCCCACCUGGACAACCUUAAACGCCACCUCCGGGUCCACACAGGGGAGAAGCCCUACCGCUGUGCCCAGUGCGCGUACGCCUGCGGGAACCUGGCCAACCUGAGGCGCCACGAGAGGAUUCACUCUGGAGCCAAGCCGUUCCACUGCUCUGUGUGCGGCUACAGCUGUAACCAGAGCAUGAACCUGAAGAGACACAUGCUGAGACACACGGGGGAGAAGCCUUACGGCUGUGCUGAGUGUGACUACACCACGGGACACUGGGACAACUACAAACGCCACCAGAGGAAACACGGACACAACGCCGACAGCUGGGAUAAACACACACACCAGGACACUACUGCAGCAGACUGCGAGGACUGGAACACACAGGAGAAAACUGACACACCACCACAUUCCACAGACCAACACUGGGUUCAAGAGACAGGGAGCCAUAGCCAGGGAGAGGGAGAGAUGUAGUCGGGGGGGGGAGGGUGUGUGUGUGUGUGUGUGUGUGUGUGUGUUACACUGGUGACCCCUUCCUCUGCUCUCAGGCCUCAGAGGGGCGGGGCUUAUCUCAGGUGCCUUUAGAGGCGGAGCUACAUUAGUUGUUUUUCUUGAUCUGAAUGCUGCACUGACCUUUACCUUGGGCAUUAAAUGGCGUGUGGGCGUGCCAUUCGAGAUUGAUCUUGUUUUUAAAUCAGUGGAUCCAAUGUUUGAAAUUGUUUUGAUUGAGUUGUAGCCCAUUUCAAAAUCAUGUAUUUCAUGUUUGUGUGACGAAGAUUUUUUUUUUUUGUAAACUGCAAUGAACCUAAUUGUGAAAGUGUUUAUUUUUGAUGAUAUUUGAGUUAUUUUGUUAAUAAUCAUUAUUUCAACAAUGUUUCACAGCUGAGUGCAAGGCUACUCAGCGAAUAGACAGGGCGACAGUCACUGUCUGUCUGCACACGCUGCCUUAUACAUUUCUCCAAUACUGAAAUAAAGAACUCGAACAGUU